AUGGGAUUAGGCUACAUAGGUGGGAUUUUACCUCACGUAAGAACAGUUUAUGAGACAGAAGCGGAGAUCAGUUCAGCUUUAGUCAAAAAGAGCGAAGACGACGAAGACGAGAAUUUCGUGUAUAAGGAUGAAGCGAAAAGUAAGUUUUGGGAUUUCUUUGAUGAAUUUGAAUACAGAAAAAACAAGCCAGCAAAGUUCAAAUACUUACUUACGAAGUCGAGGUCAGUGUUAGAACGAAAGCUAUUGUUGAAGCUUGAUAUCAUGAUAACAUUUUAUGGUUUCUUGGGGUACUGGGUAAAGUUUUUGGAUUCUGCAAACUUGAACAAUGCCUAUGUUUCAGGUAUGAAGGAAGAUCUUGGAAUGGUGCUGAAUGAUUUGGUGGAUACCCAAAACAUGUACUACAUUGGGGCAAUCAUCUUUACAUUACCAUUCGCGUAUAUUUUGCCUAGAUAUCCAGCACCCUAUGUUCUCAUGACAGGAGAGUUUGUGUGGUCUCUCUUCACGUUGGUCACUUAUGCGGUGCCUAAUUUAAAAGCUUUGAAAGCGUUUAGGUUUUUCGUUGGAGCUGCAGAAACGACGUUCAAACCUCAUGAGAUCACUAAAAGAGCAGGGUUUUUUUACGUGGGACAGUACUUGGGGACACUUACGUCCGGUUUAGUUCAAGGCUCAGUAUAUGAUCUGCUUAAUGGUGUUAACGGAUUAUCUGGUUGGAGAUGGGCUUUCAUAAUAGACAGUUUGAUAUCUUUUACUGUAUGUUUUAUUGGUUUUUUUGCCAUACCUGGCACUCCUUUCAAAUGUUACUCCCUCUUCUUAACAGAUGAUGAGAUAAAGCUAGCGCGUAGAAGAAUGAGAGAAAAUGGAACUCAUGACGGAUUGGUUUUGACGAAUUUUUUUGACAAGGAAACGUGGAAGAAGAUAUUUACUUCUUGGCCUUUCUAUAUAUUUACUCUUGGAAAUGUUGGUGGGUUCAAUGCAUCAAAUUCUCAAUCUGGGUCUUUUGCAUUAUGGCUACAAUCUUUGAAUAGGUAUUCUAUACCAAAACUUAAUCAACUAACAGCUAUUCCACCUGCAUUGGGUAUUAUAUGGCUUAUAAUAACAACUACAGGUGCUGAUUUGACAAGGAAACGAUUCCUAAUGAUUGUAUUUGCUCAGUUAAUGAAUUUUAUAGCAAAUAUUAUCCUAGCCGUGUGGGAUGUAUCAGAGAAAGCCAAAUGGUUUGCUUUCUACUUCAGUUAUUGGGCUUGGUCACAAAGUUCCGUAUUUUAUCCUUUACAAAAUGAUGUGCUUAGACACGAUACUAAUAGGCGUUCUAUUGAAUGGGUAUUAACUUAUACAAUAGGAUUACAAUCUACUCCCUGGAUAUCUAAAAUUGUUUGGCAAACGGUUGAUGCUCCGAGAUAUCCAAAAGGUUUCUUAACUGCAGCUUUAAUGGGACUUGCGCAAGCUAUUGUAAUGAUAAUUUGUUAUUUUUUCUAUAAGAGAGAUGAAAGAAGGUUUGCCAAAUUGAACGGAGUAAUCUUGUACAAUUCAUUGGAAAACGAAUCAUCUCACCUAGAAAACAAUUCCGAGGGGGAAACUUCUCGAGAGAAAGCAGGAAAUGUAAUUGAAGUUAUAGAUGAUUAUGGUUCCAAUAAGGGAAUGGAAAGUUUGUCAGACUAG